UAACAGAAUGCGGGGUCUUCUGGUACUCGUAUUAUGCUUGUCUUUGGCAGAUAUUCUGCUGGCAAGAAAAUUUCAGCUUCCUGCUGAAUGGGAUGAAAAACGAGAGCUUGACGAACUUGCAGAAGACCUGCGUAGUCUCGAGAUAUCCAAUCCCAGAGGACAAGUAAGAAUCGCCAGAAGUGCUCGCCAGAAGCGACAGAGCAGCUCAGAUGAACAAGAAUUCCUUGACGCUCACAACGAUGCCAGAUCUAUAGUCAGCCCUACAGCAUCAAAUAUGAGAAAGAUGAAAUGGAGUGAUGAGUUAGCCCAGGUCGCCCAGAACUACGCCAACAAAUGCAUAUGGGGUCAUAAUUCAGCAAGAACUUCUGACACGAAGGCUCUGACGUCACAGUUCAGCUAUGUCGGCGAGAAUCUCUACGUCACUUCCAGAAGCAGUGUAAAUCCUAGUUCAGCCGUAGAAUCAUGGGACUCCGAGAAGAGUGACUAUACAUACAGUAACCAAGCAUGCACUGGAGUAUGCGGCCAUUACACUCAGGUUGCUUGGGCAAAUUCGGAGUAUGUUGGAUGUGCCACCAGUACCUGCCCUUCCUUCUCAGGAUUAUCCAGCUCCUUCAACGGAGGAACAAUUGUUGUCUGCAACUAUGGACCAGGAGGCAAUUACAAUGGCCAGAAGCCCUACAAGUCCGGAACUCCAUGCAGUUCUUGUCCCAGCGGUUACUCUUGUUCGAACAACCUUUGUACUGAUGGAAGUGGUGAUAGCGGGUCAGGGUCUUCAUCUGGGUCAAGUGGGUCUUCAUCCGAAUCUGACUCAUCAUCCGGUACCGGAAACAGUGAUUCCACUUCAACAAAUACCGGAAGCGGGCAAACUGAAAAUGAGGAUUGUUAUAUCAGUGAUGGAUCUAACUACCAGGGUACAGCCAGUACAACUGUGAGCGGAAAAACUUGUCUGGUCUGGUCUAGUGUCUUUUCCUCCCUGCCAAACAACAACUAUUGCAGAAAUUACUUCGCUGCCUACGGGUUCACCGAACCUGUUUGCUACAUGAGACCUGGAACUUAUUACGUUGAAUCUUGUGGAGUUCCCAAAUGCACUGAAAGCGAAUUAUAUAAAUCAUACCUUAAAUGCUAUAUGCAUUACUUUAUUUUCUGUACUAUUCCGGUUAAAAUGAAGCUCGUCAUACAUUUGACCAUUAUCUUAACGGUCCUCAUGAUUGAUGAGGUUUAUUCCAAGACUUUCUUUCAUAAGGAGAAACCAUAUGCAAUUAAAAUCAAGGGCCGAAAGCAAGUAGAUGUUCGAGAUACAGACAUACUGCCAGGCUUAAAUCUAGAGAUUUCCAAUCCCCAGGGCAAAGUAAAGGCCGCGAAGAAGGUCCUUCGUAAAAGACGACAAACGUCAGAGCAACAAGAGUAUCUAGAUGCCCAUAACACAGCCAGAUCAAUUGUCAGCCCAACUGCAGCUAACAUGAAGAAACUGAAAUGGAGCAAUGAAUUAGCCCAGGUUGCUCAAAAUUAUGCCCAAAAGUGUAUCUGGGCACACAACUCUAAAAGAACCGAGGAGACAAAAGCUCUAACGUCUAAAUUCAGCUAUGUUGGCGAAAACCUAUUUGCAACGUCAUCACAAUCUGUUGAUCCAAGUUCUUCUGUGGAAUCUUGGGACCACGAAAAGACAGUGUACAACUACGAUACAAUGGAGUGCUCUGGUGUUUGUGGGCAUUAUACUCAGGUGGCCUGGGCGCAUACUGAGUAUGUUGGAUGUGCUUCUGCAAAAUGCGAAACUUUCACUGGGCUAUCUUCGAGCUUCAGUGGUGGGAAUAUCGUGGUUUGCAAUUACGGAGAAGGUGGGAAUUACAAUGGCCAAAAACCAUACGAGUCUGGGCCUCCAUGCAGUUCCUGUCCUAGUGGUUCCACGUGUUCAGACAAUCUCUGCGUUGGAGGUGACGGGUCUGAUACCGGAAGUAGCGGUUCUACAGCAACAAACAGCACUGUCAUGAUUCCAGACGAGGGCUGCUUUCAGGCGGAUGGCUCAAACUACCAUGGGACGGUUAGCGUCACAGUCUCUGGGAAGCAGUGUCUGAUGUGGUCCAAAUUCUACGAUUUCCUUCCCGGCAAUAACUACUGCAGGAAUUACUUCGCACCCUACGGCGUAGAUGAGCCAGUUUGUUAUAUUCAGGAGAAUGCUCACUAUGUGGAAUCUUGCGGAGUUUCUAAGUGUGGUUCUGUGUAAUAAAGUGCAAUCCUACACUACCAGAUCCCUGGGAAAAGAAUCACAGAUUUUCUUUUGAAGAAAAAAAUUCUAUAAAAU